GAUUACCGGGUGGACAGGAUGAUGACUCUGAUUAUUCAGAUGUGUCCGAUAUCCACAUGCCGGUUCCGGGCUUACGAUCUACCCGUAUAGCGAAGUUGAGGCGUGAUGUUUCGACACUCGAGAAUAAUGUGGCGACGUUGUAUAAAUUAACUAAACAACAUCUUGACAACUGGCGGUCUCGUGUCGAGGAACGAUACGAGAAGAUAUUUAAACAAAUACGAGCUUUCCGUUCCAUUGAGAAGCGCACUAUCGCAGUGCUCACUUUACAAGUGAAAUGGCUACAGCACCACCUCAAGGAGCGCGAGUACCACCUAGCUACUGAAAACCCCAGUGUCUCUAUAUAUCAAGAGCCUAAUAACCGUCGAGAAAACGACGUUGGAGUAGAAGACUACAUCUCCGAAGUACGAGAAAUGAGAGCGAUGUGUGCUGAGCAACAUCUACUCCUGAAGACGAUCAAGAUCGAGAAGAUCGAGGGAAAAGCAAAUAUGGCUAUCCGCAACUUACGAAGAAAUGUCGCAACCCAAGGUUCAGUGAGGGAACAGCAAGAUCAAUUACGAGAUGUACGCCAAGGUAUCAGUGAGUCAAUUCAAAGUUACAUUAUUCGAUUCAGACGAGCAUUUAACAAAUUACAAUACAGCGUUACAAACGAAUAUACGGACGAACUAACUCGACGAGCUAUGAAUGACAGAAUUUUAAAAGAUUCAGUGACAGACUUUAUUCGUGGAUUAAGAACAGAACUCGGACAAGUGUUACUCGCUAAUCCGCCAAAUAAUAUAUCAGAAGCAGAAAAGAAAGCAACAGACGUAGAACGAUACUUUCGGGAAGAUAACAGAACGCGAAGACAAACAGUGACUCGACCGUCAAGACCGACAGUCAAUAUUCCACAAGCAAGACCGUCCGCACCCAUGAUGACUCAUCAACUGAAGAAUCGCCAGCCGGUUCAGCAGACGAACGUAUUCAAACGCGCAGAAAACGCCCCACUCGCUGCAAGAGCACAGAUAAAGUGUUUCAAGUGUGACCAGCUCGGCCAUACAGCCAACCAGUGUGGAAAUUUUCGCUUCGCCAGGCAACAGCAGAAAGGUCCCCCACCAGUAAACGCCAUCGCGACGAGCAGCACGAAAGACGAGACAGAAAUAUCGGAAGAAACAGAGGAACAAUCAGAGUUAAUACCACAACAGGAAACUUACCCAACAUAUUCAUACGAAGAACAGGAGGAGCAAGAAACAGACUCUUGGUUGACUCAGGAGCAGGAAUCAAUUUACUCAAACGAAAACAUGUUCAACCAACAGUUCAGUCCAACCCAAACAAGCAAUUUCAAAGACCGUAUACUUCGAAGGCAAACCAACGCCAGUAUGCUUUAUCAAUGGUGGUGAGUCACAAAUUCGAAUAACCAAUUUAAUUGAAAAUACUAACACGUAUGAUCAAAUCUCCUUAUUUAAAAACUCAUUGAGAUUAUCUCAUAUUGAA